GUUUAAUGAUAAUACCUAUUGCUGGGUAACAAACUAUCACAAACUUAGUAGCUUCAAACAGCACUCACUCACUAGCUCACAAGUCCGUAGGUGGAAGUCUGAGCCUCUCUGGCUGGGUUUUCUGCUCAGAUAUGCAACAUCUGCUUUCAAGGUGUUGGCUGCCCUGGGUUCUCAUUUAGAGGCUCUGAUUGUUGGCAGAAUUCAGUUGCUUGUGGCUGUGGGACCAUGAUAGGACUGGCUGUCAGCUGGGUGUUGCUCUUGGCUCCCAGAGACCGCCCCCAUUCCUUGCCCUGUGACACCAUCCACCUGCAGGCCAGUAAUGGCGCAUCACAUGUUUCUUGUGCUUCCAAUCUCUGACUUCCAUUCUCUGGUCAGCUGGAGAAGACACUUGUUUUCUUAUCUGUAAAGUAAGGGUGUUCAAUUGAGGCAGGUUUUGUGUCUUGGUUUGUUUUUCUCAAAAAAGAGGAUUUGUAGCAGCAGAACCAUUAAAUUGCAAAUGAGAUUUUGCAUGGACCUCUAGAGACUAGGGGGGAAAUGGCAAUCUAUAUAGUUCUUCAUACUCCUGGGAAUUUCAGACCUUGUAGAUGUAUUUUUGGACUAUCUCUGAUGUUCCUCGUUGUGUGGUGGGUAUUGCAUUAUACCCAGCCAGGGGUGAGAGAGUCUAGGUUGAUGAUUUAUAAAACCUCCCUGUCACAGCCGCCUUCCCUCAUGAUUCUUUCUUUUCUCCAGCUUCCUCUUCUCAGGAUCUCCGUUACUCAAAAAAGCAUCAUCAAGAACAAGAAGGGGAUGGAAGCCGAGUCAGCACCUGCUGGGUCCCAUACACUGGUGACCUUCAGGGAUAUACUUGUGAACUUCACCAGGGAAGAGUGGAAGCUGCUGGACUCUGCUCAGCAGAUCAUGUACAAAGAUGUGAUGCUGGAGAACUAUAAGAACCUGGUUUCCUUGGGGCAUCAGCUUCCUAAACCACAUGUGAUCCUCCAGUUGGAGAAAGGGGAAGAGCCAUGGCUGGUGGAGAGAGGGAUUCACCGGGAGACCCAGCCAGAUUUGGAGACUGCGGUUGAAAUUAAAUCAAUUUCCAGUAAGAGCAUUUCUAAAAAUAAACAGUCCUGUGGCAUUAAAAUGGAAGGAACUGCAAAGAAUGAUCUCUGGUACUUGUCAUUAGAAGAAGUCUGGAGAUGUGAAGACCAGUUGGACAAGUAUCAGGAAAACCAGGAGAGACAUUUGAGGCAAGUGGCAUUCACCCAAAAGAAAGUACUUACUCAGGAGAGAGUCUGUGAAAAUGGUAAAUAUGGGGGAAACUGUCUUCUUCCUACUCAGCUGGUACUGAGAGAAUAUUUCCACAAACAUGACUCACAUACUAAAAGUUUAAAACAGAAUUUAGUUUUUAGCGGUCAUCAGGAAAGCUAUGCAGGUAGCAGUGAAUGUGGUCCAACCUUCUGUCAAAACAUUCACCUUAUUCAGUUUGCAAGAACCCAGCCAGGAGAUAAGUCCUACAAAUGCCCUGAUCCUGUGAACUCUCUUACCGGUGGUACAUCCCUUGGUAUAUCAAAGGGUGUACAUAGGGAGAAACCCUAUGAAUGUAAGGAGUGUGGAAAAUUCUUCAGCUGGCGCUCUAAUCUUACCAGGCACCGUCUUAUUCAUACUGGAGAAAAACCUUAUGAGUGUAAAGAAUGUGGAAAAUCUUUCAGCCGGAGUUCUCACCUCAUUGGACAUCAGAAGACUCACACUGGUGAAGAACCCUAUGAAUGUAAAGAGUGUGGAAAGUCCUUCAGCUGGUUUUCUCACCUUGUCACGCAUCAGAGAACUCACACAGGAGACAAACUGUACACAUGUAGCCAGUGUGGGAAAUCUUUUGUUCACAGUUCCAGGCUUAUUAGGCACCAGAGAACUCAUACUGGAGAGAAACCUUAUGAAUGUCCUGAGUGUGGGAAGUCUUUUAGACAGAGCACACAUCUCAUUCUGCAUCAGAGAACUCACGUGAGAGUGAGGCCCUAUGAAUGUAAUGAGUGUGGGAAAUCUUACAGCCAGAGAUCUCACCUUGUGGUGCACCACAGAACUCACACGGGACUGAAGCCCUUCGAGUGUAAAGACUGUGGAAAAUGCUUCAGUAGAAGCUCUCACCUGUUCUCCCAUCAGAGAACCCACACUGGAGAGAAACCAUAUGAAUGCCACGAUUGCGGGAAAUCUUUCAGCCAGAGUUCUGCCCUCAUUGUGCAUCAAAGAAUUCAUACUGGAGAAAAGCCAUAUGAAUGUUGCCAGUGUGGAAAAGCCUUCAUCCGGAAGAACGACCUUAUUAAGCAUCAGAGGGUUCAUGUUGGGGAAGAGACCUAUAAGUGUAAUCAGUGUGGGAUUAUCUUCAGCCAGAACUCUCCACUGAUCGUACAUCAGAUAGCCCACACUGGAGAGCAGUUCUCAACAUGUAACCAGUGUGGGACAGCGCUCGUCAGUAGCCCUAACCUUGUUCGAUACCAGACCAGUCAUAUUAGAGGAAAUGCUUAUUAGUAUAGUGAAUGUGGAGAGUUCUUUACAAAGAGCAAUAACUUUAUUUUGCGUUGGAAACUCUGGAAAGAAGCUGUGUAGAUGUAAUCUGUGCAGAAAUGCUGUCAGUCUUGUUAUCCUUUUGUGCACUAGAGAACUGGUCCUAGAAGGGGAAAUAACCCACAGAUUUCAUUUUAGUACACAAAUACAUCAGCCUUUCUUUCCACAAAUUCCUACAAAAGCAGUUGUCCUUGGAGCAU